GCAGCGUGUAGGCUAAAUCAUCCUUUGAGAUAGCCCGAUGGAAGACUCCGCGUCGACACUGGGACCUAUAAAACGCCGUUGUUUAUAAAUUUGAUUUCCGCUAUAGGUUAGCUGCUCCUUUAAGCAUCCGGUACGGUUAAUUAAUUAGAUUCGAGAUACAUGCACCUCCCUGGCUCCAUUAUUCGCACCGCAUCAAUCUUCGCCGCGAGGGAACGGAAUGGCAGGAGCCGGACAGGACCGGUGCACAGUGAGAAUGAGAACCGCUCUGAGCCCAGAGACAUACCGUCAAAACAAGAACCAGCUGGCAUUUCUCUCUGCCUCCCUACUUAUGUAAUAUAAUAUGUUAAGCUAGCGGACCGUGUCCUCCUUCUCCCGAAACGUGUCUCUUCUCCGCUGAAAGCGUAACAACAGCUGCCCUUGUCGUUGCACAGACGGGGAUGUCAACACCGCAAGAUGGUCCGCAUAGCGAGCGUCCUGGGUUUGAUGAUGUUCAGUGUCGCUCUGCUCAUACUCUCAUUGAUCAGCUACGUGUCAAUAAAAAAAGAUUUUCUCUUCAUGACACCCAAAUAUGCAAAUUCAGGCGGGCCUCGGAUGUAUAUGUUCCAUGCGGGAUUUCGGUCUCAGCUGGCCAUGAAGUACCUGGACCCGGCCUUCACCCCUCUGACCAAGGCCCUGAACGAGGGCCUGCAGGAGAACGCCUCCAAAUGGCGCUAUAACAGAACGGCAUUCACAGAACAGAGAAAAGAGAUCUCUCAGCACAUCGACAUCGCCCACAACUUCACCCUGACCCGGAGCAGCGUGCGCGUGGGUCAGCUGAUGCACUAUGACUAUUCCAGCCACAAGUACGUGUUCUCUAUCGGCGAGAACUUCAAGUCCCUGCUUCCCGAGGCCUCCCCCAUCGUCAACAAGCACUACAAUGUGUGCGCCGUGGUGGGGAACAGCGGCAUUCUCACAGGGAGUCGUUGUGGUCCCGAGAUCGAGAAGUUCGACUUCGUCUUCCGCUGCAACUUCGCUCCCACUGAGAUCUUCCGCCGGGACGUGGGGCGGAGGACCAACCUCACGACCUUUAACCCCAGCAUCCUGGAGAAGUACUACAACAACCUGCUGACCAUCCAAGACAGGAACAACUUCUUCCUGAGUCUGAAGAAGCUGGACAGGGCCAUACUCUGGAUCCCUGCCUUCUUCUUCCAUACCUCGGCCACGGUGACCAGGACACUGGUCGACUUCUUUGUUGAGCACAGAGGACAGCUGAAGGUUCAGCUUGCCUGGCCUGGCAACAUCAUGCAGUACGUCAACAGAUACUGGAAGACCAAGCAGCUGUCACCGAAGCGUCUGAGCACAGGGAUUCUCAUGUACACUCUGGCCUCAUCCAUGUGUGAGGAGAUCCACCUGUACGGCUUCUGGCCCUUUGGCUGGGACCCCAACACGGGCAAGGAGCUGCCCUAUCACUAUUACGACAAGAAGGGUACCAAGUUCACCACCAAGUGGCAGGAGUCCCACCAGCUGCCAGCAGAGUUCAAACUGCUCUAUAGGAUGCACACAGAGGGACUUAUCAAACUGACGCUCUCACAUUGUGCCUAAACCUGACUGGACUGGACCGAACCAGACAGGACCGGACCGACCUGACUGGACUGGGCCGACCUGACUGGACUGGACCGAACCAGACCUGACUGGACCGACCUGACUGGACCGAACCAGACUGGACCGGACCGACCUGACUGGACCGAACCGACCUGACUGGACUGGGCCGACCUGACUGGACUGGACCGAACCAGAGUGGACUGGACCGACCUGACUGGACCGAACCAGACUGGACCGGACAGACCUGACUGGACC